AUGACUGCUCAGCAUGAAACCAUAUCCAGUGAUGCCAUCUAUGGCCCCGGAACUUUCAUGGACAAAGACUUUCUCCCAGCUCCCCAAGAUGCCGCUCGCAUUCUUCAAUACAUUGCAAAGCGCACUCCUGGAUUCACCCAAAACCCAGAUCUCUUGAACACAGUCAAAUUCGAGGGAAGUGAGCUUCCUGUCAUUCCUGGGCCGUUCAAGGCCCCCCUUGUCGCAGCUGCCGUGCAUGCUAUGUGUGGAGUUGUAGCACACGAGAUCGUGGAAGACCGCGACGGAACACCAGCCACUAGUCAACAGGUGUCGAUUAACACCGACCAUGCCGCUAUCUGGCUUGGAACCAUCUACGCGGCCUCUGUUGAAGGCAAGAGCAUUGACGAGCUUGCUCAAAAGCGCCAGCUAUCCUCGCUCUUCAAACAAGACUUCCAGCAAGGCUGGAUGGGUACAGCCGUCAACAACCGCUCUACCGCUAUUUACAAGACUAAGACUCCUGGUGUCUGGUAUCAACUUCACGGCUCUCUUGAUGCCAGCCCAGUUCUGCGGUCCAUGGGAAUGGACCCUGAUUACCCGGCCAAGGACCUGAACGAUGCUUAUGAGUACAUCAGCCGUCAUAUGGAGCAAUGGACCGCAGAUGAAUUGGAAAUGCACAACGUCAAGAAUGGCUUCUGCGGUAGCAUCUGCUUCACACCUCAGGGGUGGUCGGAAACUUUAAUGGGAAAAAGACUUGCGGAGCACCCUCUCGUCGGCUAUUCUCGGCAAUCACACGCGAUUCCCACUCCUCCUGUUCCGUCGCCUAAGAUCACCAACGACAACCGCCCCUUGGCCGGCGUAAAAGUGGUGGAGCUUGUUAGAAUUAUCGCUGGUCCAGUUAUUGGAUGCACCCUAGCUGCUCUCGGUGCCGAUGUCAUCCGCGUGAACUGUAGUCGAUUGGUCGAUCUCAACGCAUUGCAAUUGACCCUGAACACAGGAAAGCGCACUAUUGACAUUGAUCUGACCAAGGAGGCAGACAAGUCGCGCCUGCGUGAGCUUAUCCAGGGCGCCGAUGUCUUCGUCCAAGGCUUCCGUCCUAACGCUAUUGCGAGAAAGGGCUUCGGAGUCAACGAGCUUCUCGAGAUGGCUGGAAACCGGGGCAAGGGAAUUGUGUAUGUGGAAGAGAACUGCUACGGACCUGACGGUCCUUACCACGAACGACCUGGCUGGCAGCAAAUCGGAGAUGCAGCCUCAGGCUCAUCGCACGUCAUGGGUCGAUCCCUCGGCUUUAAUGACGGUACCAGCGUCCUUCCUCCUCUGCCAAUCUCCGACAUGACUACCGGUUUGGUCGGCGCAUUGGGCACACUGUUGGCUCUCCGUGAUCGGGCUCGACACGGUGGCUCAUACCGCGUGACAAGCUCUCUUGUCAAGGCUGAUGCGAUUGCACUGGAGCCUGAGAUUGGUCUUUACUCACCAGAGAUUGUUCAGAAGAGCAAAGAAUUGUUCAAAUGGGAACACAUUGGCCCAGAACAAUUUGUGUUGGAAAUUCUCACUGUCGUCAUGAAUGGAUGGACCAGGGUUUUCCCUGAAUACUUCCAGUCCGGUCCUCGGUCACUGAUGACUAGCUUCCCUGACGGACCGUUUGGACAGAUGGAGAACCUCAAGCCUGUUGUCCAACUGAGUGACUCCAGUGUGACUCCCCGCUGGUUGACUCCCUCGGUGCCAUUCUGCUACCACCCUCAAGAUAUCCAAUGGCUCUAA